UGACAGUAGCGUCUCAGCUGGCCGUGAAAAACAGCGGCUCUUCGGUCGGUUUAGAAGGGGGAGCUUUCUUCUCGCGGAAAAGAGACUCUGCUGACUGAGAUGCGCGCGGCUCCGACGCAGCGGAGGUCGCGAGGCUGCUGGUGAAUUACAAUUGGCACGCGGAGCCACCUCUGCCACAGGAAUGUUUUUGCCCGGCUGGGUUUUGCUACAGAGGACCACGAAGACCUUCGAAGGCAUCGGUCAUGCUCCCUGAAUUUGACGUUAUCCAUCUGAGCCGAGGCGCUGCGCCUCCCUGUGUGUCUCCCACGAUUCAGACCGCGCCCAUGUUUAUCUACUGCUAAUUUGGAGAAAAAAAUGCUGCUCCCUCCACACCUCAACAUCACAGAUGGCUGCAAGGUAAGGGCGUCGCUGGGAGAGUGAGUUGUGUCCUCAAAGUUACGUUGCAUGGAGGUCAAAGGACAUCUGAUAACAUCCAUGGGUUUGGGGACUCCUGAUGUUCAAGGCUGCCAGGACAGCAAACUGCAGGCUGAGAGGAUUGCAGCUCUGCAGGAGAGGAAGCAGACCCUGGAGGCUCUCCUCAAUGCCAGAGUGGGAGAGCUUAAACAAGUGUGUUUGCAGGAAGCAGAGCUGACUGGGAAGUUGCCGCGUGCGUUCCCUCUGGAGGUCGGGGAGAAACCCCCACUGGUGCAGCGCAGAGCUGGCCUGGCGCCGAGCACCAAGGCAGAGGAUGACUCCGGCCAAAGAAAGCAGAUGAAGGCAAUCUUCACCGGCGCUCUAUGCAGACACUCUGAGUCAGACAGAAAUGGCCAUAUCAGCAAGAGGGCAGUCCACAGGGGGUGUCAUACAGAGGACACUGUGAUGUCAGAAAGUACCAGCUCUAUGUCGGAUUCAACAUCACAUGACAACGACUCUUCACCCAGCGUUGCUGCUGACCAGCGCUCCCUGUCUCAGCCCCGGCUCACCGUGGGAAGCCCCGACCACAGGAUCAGCAGGAAACUCUCUCCUGUUGAGAUUUACUAUGAAAUGAGGACACGUCGCAACUCGGUCACAAGCUCUGUGAGCCCAACUCACUCUUUACCCAGAAGUGCUUCUAAUGUUGAAGGUAGAAGUGUUCCAGCGACGCCGUUGUUGGCCCGAACUGCUCCAAUCAGUGUUCAUGUCAGGUCUGAUGCACCGGGCAGCAAUGGGUUGAAGCAGUGGUCUGGCAGCCUGGAUGUGCCGUACAUGAUUCCCCUGGCUCAGGAGGGCUCGUCCUCUGAUCGCAGGAGCUGCCCUUACAGCUCCAGAGCACGGCGCAGCAACAGCUCCGAGGCCCUCCUGGAUCGCUCCAGCCUGCCAGACGAGCCUGGACCCAGAAAUGGCAUGCCUCAGCGGGGAGGACCGUACAAGAGCUCCGAGACCCUGACCGACGGCAAACUGCGGCAGAUUCAGCUCGGCAGCCCAGAGAGCCAAGGCGACGGCUCUGUGGAGCAGAGUAAAAUGCGUCUGUCAGUGGGCGGCAGAGGGGCCAGCGGAGGCUACAAUGAACUACUGAUGGACUACAUCUGGGGGAAGCAGCAGAGGAUGCAGGUGCAGCACCAGUUGUACCAGUCCACAGGCCGAAUUUGGCAAGACAUGUCCUCUCCUCGUUCCUCUACUGCUGCAGUGCCUCCACAUGCCAACGGCUUCUCCCACUCCCAGGUGAACCUUCCCAGUGCUGCAAGUCCUUACAGCCCCAUGGUCCUCAGAGGGUCCCAGGCGGAGCUCCGUAGGGUCAAGGUCACCAGGACCAAAUCUUGUGGGCCUUUCAUUCCUUUGCAGCAACAUUCACAAGACGGCAUUUUGCUCUCGGCGUACGAGUCUCCUCUUCCUGCCACUGGCACCACCACAUCCUCCAUCCCCAACCUACUCCCAUACCAGACUGAGCUGACUGGGUCCUCCUUCGGCCGUAGGCCCCCGCAGUUUUCUCUCCCCACUCCAGAAGAUUCGACCAGAAGCCUACAUAAAGCACUCGCCCUGGAGGGACUGAGGGACUGGUACUUGAGGAACGCCUUCGGCUACCCCCCUUCUGCCUCAAAGGGCCAUGAAGCGGGCAUCUCUCGACUCUCGCACCCCCAUCCUCUGGUGCACCAGGUCCAGUCCCUUCAAGGGGAAACGGCCAACCUCCAAAGGCCUCAAAUACCCCAGUCAGCAAGCUUCCAUGGUCACCCGCUACAUGGACGAUCAAUGGAGUUUUCUCUCUACCAGGAAACUCCAGAUCCACAAAAGCAAGAGGCGACCCCAAAAGAGCCGAGCGCGGACCCAGGUACCCUGGUCUGAAAACCACAGAUGCAACGUAUCAGCAGAAACACUGUAGCCUCAUCUAGACUCCAUUAAAAGUUACAAGUGGAUACAAUGUGACCUCAGUGACAACGCAAAACAUGGCAACCUCAGCAGAAUGGGACUGAAGUGUAGCUGUAUAGUUCAAAAAAAGAAGAGGAAAAAACUGAAGAAUUUCCUGUGUUCUGUCUGAUUCCAACAGUAUAAACUUGUAACCCAGUGUUUCUGUAUGAAUGUGCACUGGUUCUGACUUGUCGAAACAUCUAAUACCAGUAAACGCCGCGUCUGGUCCUAAUAAAUCUCCCAAGGUAUACUUUUUUACAGAAUAUAGACAUCUCUAAAUAACUAUUUUGUAUAUUCUGAUAUAAAAACAGCUAUAUUACAGAGGGUAAUUUAUUGCUUCUCAAAUAUGUGAUAAACAAUAGUUACAGUCUCAUUCCAUUCGAACAAAACAGCUACACGAUUGCUUUUCUAAACUAUAUAUAAAAAAAGUGAAAACAUGCCUCACUGUUCAUCUGCCAUUCACUCGCUAGCAUUUCUUUUUUUUUUUUAAGAAAAGUAUUUUAUAAAAACGAACGGGGAGGCAUGAAAUGUAGUGACAUGACGCUCAGGCGGAAGUGCCAAGAUGUUUACAAACACUGCCUUGCUGAAGUAUUCGUAGCAGAUGAACUUUUCCACUUUUUGUCAUCAGACUGGACGAAACACGCUGGUGCAAAAAGAUGAAGGAAAACGAAAAAGAUGCAUGAUUUUCAGGAUGGUUUAGAAAAGCAAGGCAUACAAUUAUACGCAGAGUUAUUGACUUAGGGGGAGCUGAAAACAAAAUCACAUUUUUAUCUGUAAAGCAUAGAAAAUCAUGCAUCAUUUUUCCUACUCGAUUUAUGCGCUGCUUUGUGUUGGUCCAUCACAUUAAAAUCCCAAUAAAAAUGUAACGAUGAUCAGGUCGGUUCAAAUAUCUUAGCAAACUUCUGUGCUAACAAUCUGUAAAAAGUUAUAAUCAAAGUGAAACCGUUGAUGAUGUCACUCAAUUAGUUAAUAGACUGAUGUGAUUGUCUCUUUUUUUAUUUUCUAGAUUCAGAUAAGUGCUGGGUAAUAAAUGAAGCCUUCUCUGUUAAGACCUCAACAGACGAGUUAAAACCAGCAGCAGGUAAACGCGUAGGGCCGGAGUGAGACCUGCUGUAUGGUUGUAGCACAUGACUGUAGGACAACAAAUAAAAUAAAACUACAUUCAGCUGGAUUUGAGUGUCAUACAGAGCACUUUAUAAACAUCUGAAGCCUUAAUUCCCUAUUAAACAGUCACCAGGAGACGGGCAGCAGUGAGAUUUUGCUAUGAGGCAAAGCCAAAGAGGCUUUUCAACGUCUGCUGUAGGUCUGAGUGACGGUGUGUAGAUGGUGAGGAAGGUGCUGAUGAGUUUCACACUGGCAUUUUAUUCCCAACUAAUCUCAUAACGGUGUAGUAUAUGCCUUCCACCCCCCAAGUGAGCAUUAGUGGUGGUUUGUGUGAGCGGAGCUGCUGCAGCGUUCGGCGAAGGUGUGAGCAGGUCUCGCACUGUUAAAUCCUGUAAAAUAAAAUGAAAACUGGUCUGUAUUUGUAGGGACUAUAAAUCAUGUGCUUGGGGUAUUUUUUUGUUGUUUAACAAAAAAGUUCAUUUUACAUUUUUCUACCAUAUGCUGCAUCAUAAUUCAUUUUCUAACCAGACUCGGUAGCAUUUAGAAAAGCCAUGAGGCAUAAAAAACUGAAAUACUGUUUGGUGUAGCAUAACUUUUUUUUUUCUGUUGUCGGUUAUAUACUUGAAGCAUUGCCAUUGUAAAACUAAUUUGAAUGUGAUUAUUUAAGUGUGUGACUCUAUAUUUUUCCACUGUCUUAAAGUGUAGCACGCUGUGGAAUGUCACGUUUUCUGCUGUCUGAUGCGUUUCAGUUUCCAGCUUCACAGAUCUCCCUCCCAGCUCAUUAAAAACCUGAAAUCAAAGACCAAACUGCUGUGCACUGGGGGUCAGAAAGGUAUUUUUCAUAUUAUGUACUCUGUAAAUACAAAAUAAAUGCUAUGAAUUUAGCUCUAAAGCAAAAUGUAUUCAAACUAUAUUAUAUUUAUGAACCUAUAACAUUUUGUAGCCAUCUACUGUAGCUCUUGGUGCAGGAAUUGCCAGUGUGUGUUUAAACCAUUUUAUCCAACAGUGUGAUGCGUUGAUAUUUGAUUUGACUGUUUUUUUCUUUCUCUUUUUUUUUUCAAAAUAUAUAAAUGCAGCUGUUUUAUCUUUCCCUCAUCUCCUUCUAAUCAGGCCUGUGACAUUUGUCUUAACAGACCUGCUCUCUGCUGUACGUUUGAGAUUUUGCAUUUGUUCUACUAAAUAAAGUGUCAUGUUGAAAUUA